AUGAAGCAGGUGUGGAACCUCUUGCAGAAUAGCUCCUGUGGUCCUACAAAGUAUCUAAAGGGUAAUCAUUUAUUGCGUUUCAAUAACCAGGUGCAACCCAGGUGCCUUAAUGUGUUAUCCCCGUGGUUUGAAGUCAUCAUUAGCAAUUCAAAGAUGUUAGUUGGUUCAGGCUCUAGUGUGAAUUUUUGGUGUGAUAAUUGGACAAGUGGAGUCCCUCUUCUUCUUAGGAAUUCCACUAUGCCAGUUCAUUUUCCUAAGUUGUCGGAGUUGCUUAUUCAAGGUCAGUGGAAGCUACAAAGU